GUAGGGAGAGCGAAACACGACACCCCUAAGAGAGGAAGGGGGGUAGAGAAUACGGAGUGAGUGGAAAAUGAAAAGUCUGUAGAAAGAGAAAGAAAAAAAACGUGGUUCCAUACUAUUCAGAUUGAGAUUUUUUCUUGCGUUGUUUUGACUGCUGGAAUGAUGAUGUGGAAGAUUCGACCAUGCAACAUUGUAACGCGGUUAAACUGAUGAGCUAAAUAAUUAGAACCGAGUGUUUACAAGGCAUUCCCCCGCUAUCAGCACGACGGACAUAAAAGUUCAACGCCAUUCAGAGCUCACGAUUGGAUUUAUACAAAGCGAGAACACCAUUCGUCUCAACGAUUUGUGAAAAAGAACACAAAAAAAUACAACUUGGAGCUCAAAAGUAACUAGGGAACAGUAGGGGCCAGGGGUUUAGAGCGCUUGAGAACAGAGGGAUUUAGGCUACGUUUAGAAACGGAAAAGUUUUAAAGCUAACGAGGAAUUUUGCAACAUAUCAAGAAGAACAACGAAGUCUGGGUGUCGGAUACCAAGCGAGCUAGAAACCAAACGGGAAACUGUCUGAAUUGACCAGAGUCACCAUGAAAACCCCGGGGGAUACGGGGUUCGCCUUCCCCGACUGGGCCUACAAGCCCGAGUCGAGCCCUGGCUCUCGACAGAUCCAGCUGUGGUGCUUCAUCCUGGAGCUGCUGCGGAAGGAGGAGUACCAUGAAGUCAUCGCCUGGCAGGGCGACUACGGAGAGUUUGUCAUCAAGGACCCCGAAGAGGUGGCCCGACUGUGGGGCGCCCGCAAGUGCAAACCUCAGAUGAACUACGACAAGCUGAGCAGGGCGCUUCGAUAUUACUACAACAAGAGAAUCCUCCACAAGACCAAAGGGAAGAGGUUUACCUACAAGUUCAACUUCAACAAGCUGGUGCUGGUCAACUACCCCUUCAUCGACAUGGGCUCUGGUAGGGGAGUCCCCCAGAGCGCCCCUCCCGUGCCAACUGGGGGCAGCCACUUCCGCUUUCCCCCCUCCACCCCGUCCGAUGUGCUCUCCCCCAGUGAGGACCUGCGCAGCCCGGGCAUGUUCAGCAGCGUGGCCCGCCGCCUGGGCCGCGGCUCUGUCUCCGACUGCAGCGACGGCACCUCCACCAACUCUGAGCUGGAGGAAGGCGUGGGGGGUGAAGAUCGUGGCGGCACGGGCCCUGAACGGGCAUUCCGCGGCCUCCUCCACCCCCGCCUCUCCCACGACUCGCUGUUUCGCGCCUACGGAGGCCCUGGUGGGCUAGGCCGCCCCCCGCCCGGCCACAGGGUCCAUGGUGACCCCAUGUCCCCGUUCCCUGUGUCCCCCCUGCCGGGCCCUGGGGGCCUCCUGGGCCCCACCCUGUCUCCGGCCCUUUCCAUGACCCCUGGCUCCCACCUGCCCUACACCCCGUCCCCCUCCCUCAGCCCCAUGCUGGGCUCCCACUUCUCCUUCAACCCGGACGACAUGAAGCGCUACCUGCAGGCCCACCACCAGAGUGUCUACAACUACCACCUCAGCCCCAGAGCCUUCUUCCACUACCCCAACAUCGUGGUCCCCCAGCCCCACAGGCCCUCUGCCGCCUCUGACAAGCCCAUGACAGCCCACCACCAUGCCCCGCCCAUGCCCCACUCCCAUUCGUUGCACCACCACCAAGGGGAGGAGCAGCACCCCUCGCCCUUCAAGUUCAAGCUGCAGCCGCCUCCGCUGGGGCGUAAACAGAAGGACGGCUCCACCUCCUCUACCGGGGGCUCCUCCUCUAGCCUAGGCUCCUCCUACGCUGCCUCAGGACUACUCUCUAACUCCUCCUCCUCAGUGGGCCCAAAAAUCAAGGUGGAGCCCGUCUCCGACGUUGAGUCCGAUGAGGAGGUGGAGGUGACCGACAUCAGCGAGGAGGACGAGCUGCUUGAUGAUGACGAGGGAGACGUCUUCACCCCCCCUCAUCCCACCAACGGAACCGCCCCUACUGCCAUCACCAACGGCAACCUGGGCGCCAUCGUCGAGGACGACCUGGACGAGGACGUGUUCAAGACCCCCGCCGCCCCUCCCAUGGGCCCUCUAACCCCCUCCCUGUUGGCCUUGAAGCGCGAGCCGGGCCAAGGCCCUCCCAUCAGCCCUGGCGGCACCCUCUGCAUCCCCCUGAAGCUGCGCUUCAAACGCCGCUGGAGCGAGGACCAGAAGAUGGAGGCGGAUGGCGAGCGCGACGAGGCCGAGGACAAGAAAGUGCGGGCAGAGAAACAGGUGGAGCCAGCAAGGAGGGAGUCAGAGAAUGGGGAGGGGCCAAGGAGAAGCCUGUCCCUGAGUCUGCGCGCUCCUCCCCCUCCGGCCCAGCGCAGGGCCAGCUCUGAGUUGCAGAGAGCCACAGCCCAGCUGUCUCUGGAGAGCCAUGGAGCUUGCUGAGGCAGGGAUACGCACAAACCAUGGACACGCAUACACACAAUCACAUGCCCGUACCUACAUACACAUUCACUCAUAUAACCAAGCAUGCACAUAGAAACAAGUGCCUGGGCAAAAAGCUUUUUUACUCCCAUUUGCAACACAUGAAACCCAUUAACAAACAGCUCAGCAUUCUGUGACUGAGACACUAAGGGAUGGUCAUAGACACAAAUUAAUACUGACACCCCCUCUAAACGAAAGACCCCCUGGGCCUAAAUCCAGGAUCCAUCCCUUAGACCUGUACACUGCCUUUAGGUGCCUCCCAUCUCGCCUCAACAUCUCCCAGUAACACCCAUAGCUCCUUUUGCCUUUCAGAGAUGCAUCAACACAGAUGGGAAAGGAAUCCCCCCCCCACCCCUUAUCUUCAACAGACUUGAAAAGAGAUUACAGAAGUGCCUGUCUUCACAUACAAUGGUUUACAAAGCAAAGGAAUGCGAGGGGCCUCGUACCAACUCUUGUCAACUAUUCCAUCACCUUUGACUGGGAAGGGAGCUCAGGAGUCAUAACGAAGAGACUUCCCUGUCCAUAUCUGUCUAAUCACAGGGACUGACUUAGAGACUUAGGACUGAAUUUGUGUCUGAGUCAGCGCUUUCUCUUUGACCAUCGUCCCCCACCGAAUUGAGCGUAGGGACAAAAAACAAAAUGGCGUGCAUCCAAGCCUUAAUGGACAGCUCGUGCACUGGGCAGGGUCCAAAAAGGGGAGCAGCAAAAACCCUUCAAGUUGGGGCCCUACAUGUUAGGGGCCAUUAAUGUGGGGACCCUACAUGACUUUUGCACAAUCUUAUAAGGAGAGUGACAUGAGGAGAUUGGUAAUUUGUCCGCUUGGAAUGGUGUUGAAAGAGUAUCUUAGAGGUCUCCUCCGUUCCCCUGGUUUGAGCUGCUUCUUUCUCCCAUAGAGAGCGCCUCAAAAAAGAAAAAAAGGACAGUAUUUGGGAAGACGCGGUGCACAGAGGGUUAGAAGUACCUCUGUAUAUACAAUGUUCUUGAACUGAAACGAAUAUAUAUUUUUUCUCACUCCCCAAAAAAGUAUACAGUGAAAUGAAUGCGAGUACCAAGGUGAGCUCAUGCAAAGCCUUUUAGUGACAUUUUUAACUUUUUUAAAUUCCAUUUUAUUUUCUGUAUUUUACAAAUACGCAGCCCAUUUUUUUUGAACAAACAAGACAAAUUGAGAUUGUGCUUUUUUUAAGCUGACAGGCUGAAUACGUGAAUUACCCUGGCCAAAUAAUGUACACACUUACACACUAUAGAAGCCUCAAGCAUACCGUACUGCCACUUUGCCUUUUUUUAUACCAAGAAACAGAAUCUGAAUGACUAAAACCAAUACUACACAUAUUUUAUUUGAAUAUAUUAAAUACAAAUGUUAUAAUUCAAAAAAUUAUAAUUUGAUAUGAAUCAGGAAAUGCUAUUUUUAAUGAUAACUUUGUCGAUAUAUAUAUAUAUAUGAGGGAGCCUCUCCUCACCUUGCCUCUCUUGACAGUGGAGCUGAAUUGGAAAGGGUUCAUGUGCAAGAGGAAUCGGAACACAUAUAAUAUUUAUAAUGUAAAAACAAGUGUUCUGUUUGGGGGGGCUUGAAGAUUGGUGGGUGAAAAGCGACCAGUAAAUGAACAAAUAAUGGAGAAAUGUUGCAUCGUGGAAACUUUUUAAGAUUUUGGGGUCACCUUUUCUGGCCAUCACUAAAGAACAGACAUGCUUGUCUUGUUCCCCCCCCCAAACCCCAACUUUACGACCAGGAUCCCACCCCCUCUCAGCAACCCAAACUCUCCUGGAAACACAAGGACAGGGCACCUUUGUUGUCUAUUGAAUCCACCGUUUGUCUGGACUUGGCCUUUGUCUUGGACCAUGAACUAUACUAGGAGAAUGCAUCAGUAACACUCCGCCACCUGAAUAUGUACAUGUUUGAGGUAGACCUGGUCUGCUGAGAGGUCUGUAAUGUGGGUUAACCUAGAGUAAAAGGAAGGUGACAUCACUAGCGACAUGAUCCCCCACCCCCGUACUAGUAUCUCUGGGUUGGAAGACUCUUAACCAAAGAAACAACCCUCGCCCAUGCAGGAUAUGACAUCGCAAAACCUCAGAGAGGGACUUCCCGUAAUCUGAGAAGACGCUCUGCGGGUGCCGUCUAGGUCCCUCCAGCCUUUGUAACUCAACAAGAGCCGGGCCCCAAAAAAAAGACUCGCUCAAGAGUAUGUUCAUAGCACUAGUAUGGUGUAAGUGGGUGUCUGUAUGCAGAUGUUGGUGUUGCCGUAGCCACCCAGUACGUCUUUUGUCCUGCCUUGCGUUGUAACUGACAGCUGCCUUGUUGCUUCAAAAGAAAAUCAUCUAAAAAUGUUCCCACUUUUCCCUCUCGUCGUUGCUGUUUAUUAUUUGUCCCAAAUGAUUAUUUACUGUCAUUGUUGUUAUUAUUAUUAACAUUAUUUACUAUUUUAUUAUUUUGUACCCCUCUGGGCCUACCUCUUUUCCAUGGCUAUUUGAAUCCCUCGUGUUUUGUAUUUUAUAUUUUCAGUAUGUAUUUUCCAGACAAUGACAACUCCUCCAUCUUACUAUUAGCUGAACUAAAAUAGUAGUUUUAACUUCAACUGAGCUAGUUGUAUUUGUAAUUAUGGACACAUGGAAAAGAGGAGCUCACAUAAUCCUAUCACAUUUCCUUUGUUUUGAAAUAUCUUUUUGGGUCUUUGUGUAUAUAGAUUUUUUUUUUGGGGGGGGGCUCGGUAAGAAAUACAUUCUAUUGCUUUGACAUUGUAUUAUUUGAAUGGUGUCGUUAUCCUCUUCUUUCACUCUCCUUUCACUCUCUCCUUUCACUCUCCUUUCACUCUUCUUUCACUCUCUCCUUUCACUCUUCUUUCUCUCUCCUUUUACUCUCCUUUCACUCCUUUCAGUGGUUACUUAACACUCAAACAGAGAGGACUCCAUACCAUGAGGCAACAUGUAUACCUUCUGUUUCUCUUGUAUUUUUCCCCCCUCAUUUGUAAUUAAAUUGUAAUCGGGGUUAAUUAAAACAGGUAAAAAUGGACAA